AGUUAAGGUAAGAGCUUUUAUAUAUGAUGGACGAUACACUGAUACUGAAUGGUCAAUGCCAAUGAUGACAGCUUACGAUCCAUGGUGGUAUGGGUAUGCGGUUAUUGGUAUUGUGGCGCUUGGUAUAAUAGUUCUUAUGGUCAUUGUUUGCUGGAGAUGCUGGUGCGCAGAAUCGCAACAAACUUCGCAAGAUGACACAAACAAACAGCAGCAUGACAAUCCUGUUUAUAUGCGCGACAAACCGUCUUACCAAAUGCGUAAUGGUGUUACCCGUCUGACAAACGAGAAUGUGUUAGUCACAACAGCGUCGUCGAGACCGAGAGAAAUGACAAGGGUCUACGAAGAUACAAACGGUGUUACAAAUCGGGCAUACGUGAGAGCUGAGGAAAGCGUUCAUCACCAUCGUCCUAAAUUUGAGGAUAGAGUGUACAAACCAAGAUCUGGGCGUUCGACAUCAUCACAUUACGUACAUUCAGCGGACGAUUCUCGAUACAUAAGCAGAGAAGAUGGUGUAUAUUUGCGUGAAGGAGAAGUUAAUGAGCGCGGUCAACAAACACCUGUUCUAAUUGAAGCGUUCGCGGAGCAUUAUAGACAAUUGGCAGCUGAUUCUGAGUAUCGAUUUCAGGAAGAAUAUGAUGAUUUACGUUCGAUUGGCACAAACUACUCGUCGCUGAUUGGCGAACGUGCUGAAAAUCGGCUGAAGAACAGAUACACAAAUAUACUUCCGUAUGAUCACACAAGAGUUAAGCUGAUAGAAAUGAACGAAGAUGACGAGGAAGACAUUGGAUCAACCUACAUUAACGCAAAUUAUAUUUCAGGAUAUACCUCACCAAGAGAGUACAUAGCAACCCAAGGGCCUCUACCGACAACAAAAGACGAUUUCUGGAGAAUGAUCUGGGAACAGAAUACGCAGACUAUAGUUAUGAUUACCCGGUGUGUUGAGAAAGGAAAGGUGAGAUGUGAUCAUUAUUGGCCAUUUGAUUCCGAUCCGACUGAAUAUGGGGACAUUACGAUUACCAUGGCUUCAGAAUCUGUUUUACCAGAAUGGACUGUACGAGAUUUUACUCUAGAGCUGAAACGUGAAGUAAGGUCACUUCGACACUUCCAGUUCACUGCCUGGCCUGAUCACGGUGCCCUAGGUAGAACAGAUUUAUUGCUCAGAUUCGUUCGUACUGUGCGUGGUCAGAUACCGAGAAAUGCUGGUCCGACCAUCGUUCAUUGCAGUGCUGGUGUUGGACGUUCCGGUACGUUCGUGGCUUUCGAUUUCGUCCUUCAACACCUUGCUAGGAAGGAGAAUAAAUUCAUUGACAUAUUUGGUGUAGUAGCGAGGAUGAGACAGCAGAGAUGUUACAUGGUGCAGACAGAGGCUCAGUACGUGUUCAUCCACAAAGCUGUACUGGAUGUACUAGAAGGUCGUGUCAGCGAUAGUAAUUGGUUGUUGACCCCAUCCCUGUGA